AUGACUAUAUUAUUUCGAUUGUUAUGUGAAGCACAAUCAGCUUCACGACUCGUCCCAAUUAUUGCUCUAUUUCUAGUUAGAUACUUUGUCAUUCAAUUAUCAGCAGUUGAACCUCUACAGGCCAAUGUACCGGAACAGUAA